CACCUGCUGCAGAGAUCUGUUUAGUACCAGUACUUAUUCUUGAAUAUACCAAUCAAAUUAUUUCACGCAGGCUGCUUCGAUAUUAAUAUAUUAUAUUAUUUUUGCACUUUGCAAAUUGACCAUCUCAAUAUCUUUUUCUUAAUUUUCCCCUAAAAUAAUUCUCUUAAUUCAAGAUUCUAUCAACCCAAUACUUUUCUCUGCUUUGUUUGGCUGCUUGUUUUGUGGGUUUUUGAUUAUAGCACGCAAAAGGCUUCCUUUUUAUGUGGCCGCCUGCAUGCUGUUGAGAUAACACAAGGCUUGUUGGGUUUAUCGACUUCUUCAAUUUCUAUAUGCAUUUUCUUUGAUUGCUGUCCUGAACUCUCUUUUAACUAUAAACAACGCAGAUACUGCGGAUUGAUUGUUAUGAAUUGGUGGAAAUAUUGAAUAAUGGGGCAUAAUUCAAAGAAGAAGAAAAAAGGGGGAGGUGGUGGGAGUGGAAGGAGGAGUAAAGGAAGGGCUCAAUUGAAGGAUCAUCAUGCUUCUAGUGCUGGUGAUGAUAAUGAACUUCUUGCUGAGGAAAUCACUGCUUUAUGUGCCAUCUUUCAAGAAGAUUGCAAGAUUGUUUCAGAGUCACCUCCUCAAAUCAUUAUCAAGCUCAGGCCUUACUCGAAGGAUAUGGGCUAUGAGGAUCUCGAUGUUUCUGCUUUGCUUUCAGUCAGGUGCUUACCUGGGUAUCCUUUCAAGUGCCCAAAGUUGCAGAUUACUCCAGAGAAUGGUUUGACAAAAACUGAUGUGGAUAAUCUCCUGUCUCUCCUUCAUGACCAGGCAAAUUCUAAUGCUCGGGAAGGACGAGUCAUGAUUUUCAAUCUGGUAGAGGCUGCUCAAGAGUUCUUGUCUGAAAUUAUCCCAGUGAAUCCAACACCUGAAACUGUUUUAUGUUCAGCUAGGGAUAGCGUUGGCCAGUUAUUUCAGGGCAUUGCAGUUUCAAGCAACAAGAUUUGCUCUUCUAGUUGGCCGUUUGUUUAUGGUUUCAUAGAUCUCUUUAGUGGCUCUGGAGAGUCAUGGGAUUGGGGUCUUGCAGUCGAUGAUAAUAGGGGAGUGAAUUCUUCAAUAAAAUCCCAUUUGUUAGAUGGUUCAAAGGCUGGAUAUGAGGUACAGGAAAAGAAACUAGAUAAGGUCACAAAGCCACUGAUGUUGCAAGACCCAAAGCAAGGUCCAUUGGUUUCCCCUGGUGCAAAGUUAGAUACCCUUGAGGAAGAGACUGAGGAAGAUAACAAGAGCAUAUCGACUGAUUCAAGUAGAUCUCUAACAGAGGAAUCUGUGGAAAAUGAAAUGGGAGGCAAGGAGGUUACUUCUACUGAGGAGAGUGGAGCAGAAGAUGAUGAUGCGGAGCUUGAAAGUGAGCCUUGGGAAUUGCCGUCUUCUGCAUCCUUAGGUCAUCAUGAAGUAACUCGUACUAUUGAAAAGGAUCUAAUAAUGGUUCACAUGCUUCGCCUUGCUUGUGCUUCAAAAGGAGUAUCGGCUGAUGCUUUACCUCAAAUAACUAGGGAGCUAUGCAAUUUAGGUGUAUUCUCAGAGGGGGCAUGUGAUUUAGCUUGUAAACCAUCUUCAAUCUUUAAUGAGACCUUUGAUCAUGUUUUCCAUCAACAUAUGGUCUCUUCCAAAGUAUCUCAAUUUUGGAAACCUACUUCUGAUUUAGGAGGGUCUAAUACAUCUCUCCCGAACUCUCGAUAUUUGAAUGACUUUGAAGAGCUACAACCUCUUGGUCAUGGUGGUUUUGGUCAUGUUGUAUUGUGCAAAAAUAAGCUAGAUGGAAGACAAUAUGCAGUGAAGAAAAUUCGCCUGAAGGACAAAAGUUUGCCUGUUAAUGACCGAAUUUUGAGGGAAGUAGCCACACUCUCGCGUUUGCAGCAUCUACAUGUUGUCCGCUACUAUCAGGCAUGGUUUGAAACAGGAGUUGUUGGUUCUUUUGGUGACACUAGUUGGGAUUAUAGUACAGCAGCAAGCUCCACAAUCAGUUACCAUGGAGCGAGCUCCACAAUCAGUUACCAUGGAGCAAGCUCAGCUGAUAUUGGCCAAGAUGUUAAGCUUGAUUCAACAUAUCUAUAUAUUCAAAUGGAGUACUGCCCGAGGACCCUUCGCCAAGUUUUUGAAUCGUAUAAACAUUUUGACAAAGAGUUGGUAUGGCAUCAAUUUCGGCAAAUUGUUGAAGGCUUGGCACACAUACAUGGACAAGGAAUCAUCCAUCGGGACUUAACCCCUAACAAUAUCUUCUUUGAUGCUCGCAAUGAUAUUAAAAUUGGUGAUUUCGGUCUUGCCAAGUUCUUGAAGCUUGAGCAGCUGGAUCAUGAUGCGACCUUACCUACAGAUACAUCUGGAGUUUCAGCUGAUGGAACUGGGCAAGUUGGAACUUACUUUUACACUGCACCUGAAAUUGAGCAAGGAUGGCCGAAGAUUGAUGAAAAGGUUGACAUGUAUAGCUUAGGAGUCGUGUUUUUUGAGCUUUGGCAUCCAUUUGGGACAGCCAUGGAGAGACACAUUAUUUUAUCUGAUUUAAAGCAAAAAGGAGAGCUUCCUUCUUCAUGGGUUGCUCAAUUUCCAGAGCAAGCAUCCUUGUUGCGUCAGUUGAUGUCUCCAAGUCCAUCUGAUCGCCCAUCUGCCACAGAUCUUCUUAAGAAUGCAUUUCCCCCAAGAAUGGAAUCCGAGUUAUUGGACAAAAUUCUGAGAACAAUGCAAACUUCAGAGGAUAGAAGUGUGUAUGACAAAGUUGUCAAUUCUAUCUUUGACGAAGAGAUUUUAAGCAUGAAAAGCCAUCAUCAACAUGUUGGUCUACUGGGAAUGGGUGGAGAUGAUUCUAGCUGCAUUCAGUAUGCAGAUUUAGACACUGAGCUUCGUGACUAUGUUGUCGAGGCUGCAAGGGAAAUGUUCAAACGACAUUGUGCAAAGCAUUUGGAAAUAAUUCCUGUGCGCUUAUUGGAUGAUUGUCCGCAGUUUUCUAGGAAAACUGUCAAACUUUUGACCCAUGGAGGAGAUUUGCUUGAGCUUUGUCAUGAGUUGCGUCUGCCUUUUGUUAGUUGGCUUAUUGCAAAUCAGAAAUUUUCAUUCAAACGCUAUGAAGUAUCAUCAGUUUAUAGGAGAGCAAUUGGCCAUUCACCACCAAAUCGCUAUUUACAGGGUGAUUUUGAUAUUAUUGGAGGUGCAUCAGCUCUAACAGAAGCAGAGGUUAUCAAGGUGACAAUGGACAUUGUAACUCGCUUCUUUCUCUCAGAUUCAUGUGAUAUUCAUCUAAAUCAUGGGGACCUACUAGAUGCUAUUUGGUCUUGGGUAGGAAUCAAGCCAGAGCAUAGACAGAAAGUUGCAGAGCUUCUUUCCAUGAUGGGCUCCUUGCGUCCUCAAUCCUCUGAAAGGAAGUCAAAAUGGGUAGUAAUAAGACGUCAGCUUUUGCAGGAACUAAAUUUAGCUGAAGCUGUUGUAAAUAGGUUGCAGACUGUUGGUUUGCGGUUCUGUGGAGCUGUGGACCAAGCCCUUCCUCGAUUACGUGGGGCCCUCCCAGCUGAUAGUCCUACUCGGAAGGCCCUUGAUGAGUUGUCAGACCUCGUUAUCUAUUUGAAAGUUUGGAAGAUAGAACAUCAUGUUUAUAUAAAUGCGCUAAUGCCACCAACUGAGAAUUAUCACAGAGGUUUGUUUUUCCAGAUAUAUUUGAUGAAGGAGAACAGUCCUGGAUCGAUCAAUGAAGGUACACUGCUUGCAUUAGGUGGCCGCUAUGACUAUUUACUUCAUCAACUGUGGGAUCAUGAAUAUAAAACACAUCCUCCUGGUGCUGUUGGUACUAGCCUUGCAUUGGAGACAAUUAUUCAGCAUUCUCCUGUCGAUUUCAGACCUACAAGAAAUGAAACUAGCACCAAUAUUCUUGUUUGUUCAAGAGGCGGAGGUGGUCUAUUGGUUGAGAGAAUGGGAUUAGUUGCUGAACUAUGGGAAGCAAAUAUCAAGGCUGAGUUUGUCCCAAUCUCCGAUCCAAGCCUUACGGAGCAAUAUGAAUAUGCAAGUGAGCAUGAUAUAAGAUGCCUUGUCAUCAUAACAGAUGCAGGUCUAUCACAAACAGGUUUUGUAAAGGUGAAAGCAAUGGCAAUCCUUAUUUCAAGGAGGCAAGUAUGGUGCCAGAUUGCAUUAGUUUUGACUAAGAGAAGCUAACUUCUCCAUCUAAAAGAGAGGCUGCUGGAGCAUGAAUUUAGAGUGUAAUAUAUUGGGAAAGGAAGAAAAGAAAGAAAAUGUUUACUUUUCAGAGUUAUAGCUUUUUCAUUUUCUGCUGCAAUUUCUUUAUUUUUUUUUUUGCUGCAAAUCUUUUGUUUCAUGUUAUUUUUUUCUUCCUCCUAAAUCCAAUAGUGGUAUCAGAAGCCCAAUGAUUUUGAGGGGCUUGUUUAUGUUAAAAAAGAAAAGAAAUCAAUUUUGAAGUCCUUGAUUUAAGAUAAGCAUAGCUUCAUCAAGUCUAUGUUUGUUACGUUCAUGUUUCUAUGUUUGGCAUUCUAAAUUCAUGUUCUUGGAAAUGGAAAAAGAGAAAAGAAUAUAUUGUUUAAUGGGUUCUCUGCAGAAGAAUGAAAAUUGUCUCCAAAAUAUCUCUAAAGAAUGUGAUCAAAAUGAAAUUUUGAUUGUGCCAUGUUUUUCUCCCAAAAAAAAAAAGAAACAGAAAGAAAGCUAUGGUGCUUUCUUGAGUUGUCAAAAACAUGACCUAUUAAAGAGUAUAAGUUAGAUGAGUUAAAUGUUAUUAGUUAAAUGUCUUUAGUGUUGAUGUAAUCUGAUUUAGGUGAAAAGCGAUGAUGAUCCUUAUUUCAAGGAGGCAAGCGUGGUGUUAGGUUGCAUUAGUCUUGACGAGAAGUUAACUUCUCCCUAUAAAAGGGAGGCUGCUGGAGCAUGAACAUAGACUGUAAUGUAUUGGGAAAGGACGAGAAGAAAGAAAAGAUGUUUUUAUGUUUCAGAGUUGUAGCUUUUCAGUUUCUGCUGGAAUUUCUUUUAUGUGUUCUGCUGCAAAUCUUUUGUUUCAUAUUUCUUUUCUACCUCCAAAAUCAACAGCUUUCUACGUGAUUUACUGUAACAUCCAAGCCUUGGCAUGAAACCCCAAUCCUGAUCAUUGUGCCUGGCUCAUUCCAUGCAAUCCUGAUAACGUCCCUGGCAGAACCUUCUAGAUAGUAUUGCCGAAACACGGGAAUAUCUGAUCUUUUGCUAAUAUGUUAUUGGUUAUCGUGUUAGAUUAUAAUUCCCUGCCGAUUUUAGUUCUUUUUUCUUUUGACAUUAUUUUUUAGAAUAAUUUUUAUAACUUAUCCUUUUAGUAACCUAUAAUCAGACUGAUUCAAUACUAUUUUUUUUUUCUGACUAACCUAGGAAUUGUGCUUACUAAUUCAUUCUAUGCGCAUUCGACAGGUUCGACAUCUUGAACU